UCUCACUCUCCGGUCUUUUCUUUGCCUCCGCUGCCGGCCGAGGGGGCGGGCUCUGCAGCCUUUGUUGCCAGCGGACUGAGCGUAGCCGCCCGCCGGGCCGGAGUACGGGCCCGGGACGCCGGGAGCUGCACGCGGGUCGGGCAUGUCCUGAGCCGGACCCGGGACCGGGCAGCGAGCGGACGAGACGAAGAGUGUGCGCGCGGGAUCGCCCGGCGGCCGCCCGGCACCGGCCAUGCCCGGCGGCCCGAAUCCCCGCAGCCCCGCGCUGCUGCUGCGCCCACUCCUCCUGUUCCUCUGCGCUCUGGCGCCCGGCGCCCACGGAUCUGUACCAGAGCACACCGCCGAGGGCCGGGCAGCGUUGGACAUCGUGCACCCGGUGCGCGUGGACGCGGGGGGCUCCUUCCUGUCCUACGAGCUGUGGCCGCGCGCGCUGCGUAAGAGGGACGUGUCCGCGCGCCCCGCCGCGCCCGCCUUCUACGAGCUGCAGUACCGCGGCCGGGAGCUGCGCUUCAACCUGACAGCCAAUUCGCACCUGCUGGCGCCCGGCUUCGUGAGCGAGACUAGGCGGCGCGGCGGCCUGGGCCGCGCGCACAUCCGGGCCCACGCCCCCGCCUGCCACCUGCUCGGCGAGGUGCAGGACCCUGAGCUCGAGGGCGGCCUGGCAGCCAUCAGCGCCUGCGACGGCCUGAAAGGUGUGUUCCAGCUCUCCAACGAGGACUACUUCAUUGAGCCCCUGGAUGGUGUCCCAGCCCGCCCUGGCCGUGCCCAGCCACACGUGGUAUACAAGCGCCAAGCCCCUGAGAGGUGGGCAGAGCCGGGGGACCCCAGGGCUCCAGGCACCUGUGGGGUGAAAGAGUCCCCGGAGCUGGAGCCCCGGCGGGAGCGUUGGGAGCAGCGGCAGCAGUGGCGGCGGCAGCGGCCGAGGCGUCUACACCAGCGUUCGGUCAGCAAAGAGAAGUGGGUGGAGACCCUGGUGGUAGCCGAUGCUAAAAUGGUGGAGUACCACGGGCAGCCAAACGUCGAGAGCUACGUGCUGACCAUCAUGAACAUGGUGGCCGGCCUGUUUCAUGACCCCAGCAUCGGGAACCCCAUCCACAUCACCGUUGUGCGCUUGGUCCUGCUGGAAGAUGAGGAGGAGGACCUAAAGAUCACUCACCACGCAGACAACACCCUGAGGAGCUUCUGCAAGUGGCAGAAAAAUAUCAACAUGAAAAGGGACGCCCACCCGCUGCACCACGACACCGCCAUCCUGCUCACCAGGAAGGACCUGUGUGCCGCCAUGAACCAGCCCUGCGAGACCCUGGGCCUGUCCCACGUGGCGGGCAUGUGCCAGCCUCACCGCAGCUGCAGCAUCAAUGAGGACACGGGCCUGCCCCUGGCCUUCACCGUGGCCCACGAGCUCGGGCACAGUUUUGGCAUUCAGCAUGACGGAAGCGGCAAUGACUGUGAACCCGUUGGGAAACGGCCUUUCAUCAUGUCUCCACAGCUCCUGUACGACGCUGCGCCUCUCACCUGGUCCCGCUGCAGCCGCGAGUACAUCACCAGGUUCCUUGACCGUGGGUGGGGCCUCUGCCUGGAUGACUCUCCCACCAAGGAUGUCAUCGACUUCCCUUCGAUACCACCUGGCGUCCUCUAUGACGUGGGCCACCAGUGUCGCCUCCAGUAUGGGGCCUACUCUGCCUUCUGCGAUGACAUGGACAAUGUCUGCCACACGCUCUGGUGCUCCGUGGGGACCACCUGUCACUCCAAGCUCGAUGCAGCUGUGGAUGGUACCAGGUGCGGGGAGAGCAAGUGGUGUCUGAAUGGGGAGUGCGUUCCCAUGGGCUUCCGGCCCGAGGCCGUGGACGGUGGCUGGUCUGGCUGGAGCGCCUGGUCCGUCUGCUCCCGGAGCUGUGGCGUGGGCGUGCAGAGUGCCGAGCGGCAGUGCACACAGCCUGCGCCCAAAUACAAGGGCAAAUACUGCGUGGGUGAACGGAAGCGCUUUCGCCUGUGCAACCUGCAGGCCUGCCCCGCCGGCCGCCCUUCUUUCCGCCAAGUCCAGUGCAGUCACUUUGACGCUAUGCUCUACAAGGGCCAGCUGCACACGUGGGUGCCCGUGGUCAAUGACGUGAACCCCUGCGAGCUGCACUGCCGGCCCUCGAAUGAGUACUUUGCUGAGAAGCUGCGGGACGCUGUGGUCGAUGGCACCCCCUGCUACCAGGGCCAGGCCAGCCGUGACCUCUGCAUCAACGGCAUCUGCAAGAAUGUGGGCUGCGACUUCGAGAUUGACUCGGGUGCCGUCGAGGACCGCUGCGGCGUGUGCCAUGGCAACGGCUCCACCUGUCACACCGUGAGCGGGACCUUCGAGGAGGCUGAGGGCCUGGGGUAUGUGGACGUGGGGCUGAUCCCAGCCGGUGCUCGCGAGAUCCGCAUCGAGGAGGUGGCCGAGGCCGCCAACUUCCUGGCCCUACGCAGCGAGGACCCGGAUAAGUACUUCCUCAACGGUGGGUGGACCAUCCAGUGGAACGGGGACUACCAGGUGGCGGGGACCACCUUCACAUAUGCGCGCACAGGCAACUGGGAGAACCUCACGUCCCCGGGUCCCACCGACGAGCCUAUCUGGAUCCAGCUCCUGUUCCAGGAGAGCAACCCUGGGGUGCGCUACGAGUACCUCAUCCACAGGGAGGCGGAUGGCCGUAGCCAGAUCCAGCCGCCCGAGUUCUCCUGGCACUAUGGGCCCUGGACCAAGUGCACAGUCACCUGCGGCACAGGGAUGCAGAGGCAGAGCGUGCGCUGCAUGGAGCGGCAGGCGGGGCCCGUGGACGAGAGGCACUGUGAGCCCCUGGGCCGGCCCGAUGACCGUCAGAGGAAGUGCAGCGAGGAGCCCUGCCCCGCCCGGUGGUGGGCAGGUGAGUGGCAGCUGUGCUCCAGCUCCUGUGGGCCUGGGGGGCUCUCCCGCCGGGCCGUGCUCUGCAUCCACAGCGUGGGGCUGGAUGAGCAGAGCGCCCUGGGGCCACCUGCCUGUGAGCACCUGCCCCGGCCCCCUGCCGAAACCCCUUGCAACCGCGAUGUGCCCUGUCCGGCCACCUGGGCUGUGGGGAACUGGUCUGAGUGCUCUGUGUCAUGUGGCCCAGGCAGUCAGCACCGAAGCAUCCUCUGCACCAACGACACUGGUGUCCCCUGCGCUGAGGACCAGCGGCCAGCAAGCGAGGCCACCUGCCUUCUGCCGCCCUGCCCGAGGGCCCUGGACGUGCUGGGCCCCGAAGGCUCAGGCAGCGGCUCCUCCAGCCGCGAGCUCUUCAACGAGGUCGACUUCAUUCCUCACCGCCCAGCCCCACGCCCUCCGCCCCCCUCGUCAGCCAAGCCGGCUGGCAUGGGCAAUGCCAUCGGGGACGAGGACCCUGAGCUGGGCCCGCCGGGGCCCAUGUUCGUUGACGACUUCUACUACGACUACAAUUUCAUUAACUUCCACGAGAACCUGUCCUACGGGCCCUUCGAGGAGCCUGACGCAGACCUGGCAGGCACAGGGGAUCGGAUGCCCCCGCCCCUGAGCAGUGCUGCCGAGCCUCCUGUGGGCACCCCCAUGCCCACCACAGAGCCUUCUGGGCCUGAGGAUGAGGGGGCACUGGGAGGUUGGUCCCCUGCUCCUUGGCCCAGCCAGGCUGGCCGUUCCCCACCCCCACCCUCGGAGCAGAGCCCUGGGAACUCCUUGGUCAAUUUCUUAUUUGAGGAAGAUGCCCCCGUGGGAGCCCCAGACCUUGGGCUCACCAGCUUGCCUUGGCCCCUGACUUCGGUCAGCGUGGAGACGCCUGCCGCCCCUGGGAGCCAGAACAGGCUCCUGGGAGGGGGGCACAGCCACAGCCAGCCGCCGCCUCCCUGGUGGGAGAGGACCAAUGAGGUUUCCGAGGACAGCGAGGAAGCCUUGGGCCGCAGAGCGCCCCAAAGACCCAGCCCCACGCUGCCCCCCUCGUCCCCCAUCAGCACCUCCCACUCCUCUCCUAGUCCCGACACAGUAGAGCUGUGGACGAGUGGCACCUUGGCCUGGGAACCAGCGCUGGAGGGUGGCCCGGGGCCUGUGGACGGUGAGCUGUGGCCCACCGUUGGGGGUGCUCCUCCCACCGCCAAUCUGCCAGACACUCAGGGUACAGACAGUGCCCUGGAGCCCGGGACUGCCACCCUUCCCACCCCAGGCCUGGCUCUACAGGACCUGCAGACCCUGGCGAUGCCAGGAACCUUCCUUCUGAAGGCUCCGACCAGCCUAGGGCACGCGCCUUGGGUGACUGCCCUGAGCCUGGGGCCCUUGGGCCAGCCUGAGUCCCCCAGCCCUGAGACGCCCCUAAGCCCUGUGCUGCUGUCCAUACCAGCUCAGGACAGUCCGGCCAACAGCAGCCGAGCCCCUGGGCCUCUGGACCCCAGCCCAGCAGAGGAGGGGCCCCCCGUAGACCUGCUGCCCGUCAGGAAUGCCAGCUGGCAAGUGGGGAACUGGAGUGAGUGCUCUACCACCUGCGGUCUGGGUGCCGUCUGGAGGCCCGUGCGCUGCAGCUCCGGCCGAGAGGAGGACUGCACUCCCGCAGCCCGGCCCCAGCCCGCCCGCCGCUGCCACUUGCGGCCCUGCGCUGCCUGGCACACGGGCAGCUGGAGUAAGCCCUCACCGCAUCCUCGUGUGUGUGCACGUGGUGGUGGUGUAUCCACACGCGGGACCCUCGGCCUCCAGUGCUCCCGCAGCUGUGGCGGGGGUUCCUCCGUGCGGGACGUGCAGUGUGUGGACACACGGGACCUCCAGCCGCUGCGGCCCUUCCACUGCCAGCCGGGGCCUGCCAAGCCACCUGCCCGCCGGCCCUGCGGGGCCCAGCCCUGCCUCAGCUGGUACAUCUCUUCCUGGAGGGAGUGCUCCGAGGCCUGCGGCGGUGGUGAGCAGCAGCGUCUGGUGACAUGCCCAGAGCCGGGCCUCUGUGAGGAGGCGCUGAGACCCAACAGCACACGGCCUUGCAACACCCACCCUUGUACGCAGUGGGUGGUGGGGCCCUGGGGCCAGUGCUCAGCCCCCUGCGGUGGUGGCGUCCAGCGGCGCCUGGUCAAGUGCGUCAACACCCAGACUGGGCUGCCUGAGGAAGACAGCGACCAGUGUGGCCACGAGGCCUGGCCCGAGAGCUCGCGGCCAUGCGGCACCCAGGACUGUGAGCUCACUGAGCCUCCGCCCCUAGGCUGCGAGCGCGAUCGCCUGUCCUUCAGUUUCUGCGAGACGCUGCGCCUGCUGGGCCGCUGCCAGCUGCCCACCGUCCGCACCCAGUGCUGCCGCUCCUGUCCCCCACCCGGCCGUGGUGCCCCCUCCCGCGGCCGUCAGCGGGUCGCCCGCCGCUGACCCACACCCCGGCCCCCCGCGGCCAGGAUGCACAGCCAGACCGAUGCACGGACCUCAGCGCCCAGCAGGACCUCAGUGCCCAGCACGGGCUGCGGUGGAGCCCCGCCCCUCGCGCCCUAAUGGUGCUAACCCGGCCCCCCGACAGUGGCAGGCUGGGGACCCUUCCCCCUCAGAAAAGGUAUUUUUUUAUUCUAACAGUUUGCCUAACAUUUAUUAUUAUUAUUGUUAUUGUUACACAUAAACAGGCAUCUGCCGUUUCGAAGUACA